UUUCUUGCAUGACGAGGUGUCUACUUUAGAAGAGAGACUGAAGUGUCAAAGGGAGGUUUCGGAGAAGCUAUAGCUCUACAAGCACCUUUCAUGCAGUACAAGGGGAAGAUGGGAUUGCUCCUUGGACUCCUCGUGAUCACCAGCUUAUGCCUGUCUGCAUCUUCAACACCACUCGACGAUAAGCCCUUCUUUCCAGAUCCUUUGCAGGAGAAUAAUCUGGGAGCUGCAGGCACACAUGAACAUGGCAUCGGUAGCAUUGACGAUGAUUCUAGUGAAAGAAGUGGCAUAGUACACAGCAGCAAAUUUGCACAUGGCGGCUCAGCUCAUGGAGGUGCACAUGGAGGUGCACGUGGUGGCGGAGCAACUGGGGCAGCUGACAAUGCAAAUGGUGGUGGCGAAGCACAAGGAGGUGGAGCAGUCGUCCCGAUAGUCAUAGCAGGUGCUGCAGCUAAUCACCGACCAAACAACCACCACAAUGCUGGCAGCCGCCAAGUGAACUGCAUAGUGCCUCCAUUGAUUACAACCACCUUUGUUUCUCUCAUUGUACAUUAAGCCAAGUGUAGAUUGAUCCAUUACGCUAAAAGAAAUGGUAUUUGUCACACAGUUUCGGGCUGUGUUUGUAGCCUGCCUUGCUGUAAUAUACAAGUCUGUGUUUGUGCAGUUUGUACA